UGCUUCUUGCAGGAAACCAUAGCAGAUGAAAUACGAUCUCCUCUGUCCGUUGUUAACCAGGCAGUGUUAUUGAGAUGUAUAACUCCGUUUACAAGAUAAUCAUUUUCAAUACAUGCAUUAAUUCAUACGAAGAAUGAACGCGAUGUUCCUAUGAUGUGUGAAAAAGUGGAAACCCUGCCACUCACGUUAUAAAUUGCACCAUGUUGGAUAAAACCGAUGAUAAAGAUCAACAAACGGAAAAGUGCUCGGACUGCGGAUGCAGGCUACCAGAGCCCAACUCUGAUUCAACUAACACUUCUGAAACAGCCCCUCUGAAACAGCAGCGUGUACACAAAACAGCCAGUCCUUCCAAAUGUUCAUCCUGCGAGGCAGGCAGCAGCCUCCCGAAUGGGCAACGUCCACACCGCCGCCUCCGUCUGGACCCUCACAGCUGCGGUUUGUGCUCCAAAACCUUCAUCUCCUCCGCCCACCUGACCCUUCACCUCGCCUCUCAUAACAAGGAGAGGAAGUUCAGAUGCAGCACCUGUGGCAAGUACUUCCAUCAGUCCUCCCACCUGAUGGCACACAAAGUAAUCCACAGCGGGGACAGGCCGUUUAAGUGCCCACAGUGCGGUAAGACCUUCGGCCGCGCCUCACAUCUGAAGACCCACCAACGGCUCCACACAGGCGAGAAGCCCUUCAAGUGCACCCACUGUGACAAGUCGUUCACGCAGAAGGCUGGGCUCCUGGCACAUGUUCGUCUACACACAGGAGAGCGGCAAUUCAAGUGUGAGGAGUGUGGUGCGGGUUUUCGCUCUCUGUCACUCUUGCUCUCUCACAAGGCUGCAGAGGCAUCUGGGCAUGCCAAACCAGCGGUACAACCACCAGCAAUAAACCAGCCCCAGAAGACACAGAGUAGCUCAGAGGAUCUGAAGUGUGGUGUGUGCUGCCGCACCUUUGUACGAUCAUCCUACAUCAGGCUGCACAUACGCCUCAAAAAGGGACAGCGUCCUUAUCACUGCAAAGUGUGCAACAAGACCUUUGUCAAGCUGGAUACGUUUGUAAACCACUGCGAUAAACACUUAAGGCAGAAAAGGGAAAAGAAUAUGGCGAAGGCGGCUAAAGACAAAGUUGUUAAACCUCCCCUGUUUGUCCCACUCUCAAGGCCUCCUUCUCCUGAAUCCUUACCCACUCAGCCUUUAUCCUCAGAGGUCAACACGCGCGCCAGAGCAAAAGCAAAGAGUAAGACGGAGCCAUGACCAAGGAGUGCAUCUACUGAGAUAAAAAUGGUCUUUAACUAAGAAAUGUGCCACUGCAUAUAGUAGUAAUAAAUGCAGGACAGUAGUUUCAUGUUGAUGUAAAAGUUACAUGUUUACAAGUGAUCAGAGAAAGGGACAACGAGCAAAUAUGUAGAUGAAUAAUUCCGAUGAUACAGUCAUGCAUUUUAUGUCAACAUGAUUUUAUUAAUUGUACAGUUAUUUUAUUUUAAAGAAUUUAUUUUAAUUGUUUAUGUAUAUUUUUAGGUACCACAAUGUUGUUUUUAAUGCCUGUAAGGCUAACAAUUUAGUAGAAUUGUCAGUGGCGUGAAGUGUUCACUCUAAUCUGUGAAUAUAAAAAAAAUAUUUGUAACCAUUAUAGUUCAUGGUUAAUCUGUUGUUUAUUUAAACCCAUACAAGCUUACUGGCAUGUACAAUAGCACUUGAUCCAUGUACCAUCAAUGUAAAUUAAAUGCCUAUUGUAAAACAAUAUGCACAUAGAGUAGAAAAUAAUCAUAAAAGCAUAGUGUGGAGGACUGAGCCAUUUCUUUUGUUGCACCUUGAGACCGCAUAUCUGUUCAAAACAAAUUUGUGUGUUUCAGACAUUGUCCUCUAUAAAGCCUCUUUUUCCACUUAGGCCAGUGAGCGCUCAAAUCAAAAAUACUGUAACGCUCCACAGUUCAUUCUCAGCUUGUAAAUUCUUUCCUUAAAACAUGGUUUGUACUGUGCUGUAUCACCUACACCUGUACUUACGGGGCUAAUGUGGGACUGCAUUUGCCAUCAGAUGGACCACCUUUGACUGUCACACCUUAUUCCAGGUCAGCAGCAGCUCACAGCUGAAACCUCUCUCACCCAAAACUCAACAGGACAUGUGUUAGACUGUUUUCCUGUGGAUCUCCACCAACGAUGACAAUCUGUCACCUCCACAUGGGGAAACUCUUUGUCCCAACCUACGGACAAAGAGCAAAAAAAGUCACUUGAAGGACACCAUUUACAAAUCGAAAGUAAAAAAUGAGACCCUUGGGAAUCACAGUGCAUGAGAGUGAGAGAUGCAACCACAUGCUGCAAAAGACAAU